AUGAGCGUCGAGGACGCGCGCGUCGCGUUCAUCGCGGACAAGAUCGCGGAGUGCUUCGGGCUCGACCUCGACGUCGCGAACGCGAGCCUGUCCCCGCAUCACGGCGCGCUCGGGGAGUUCUUCAAAGCGGACGGCCCGCCGAAGCUCAUCUUCCUGCAUCAGGCGCGUCCCAUCUUACACCGGUCCCCAUACGACCGCGUCGGCGUGGUGAACGCCGCGCUGUAUUUCCUCCGAACGAACCCUCGAGGCGUCGCCGCGGGGGACAAACUCAACGUCGGGGACAUGGCGUCCGGGGUGGUCGCCGAGGGCGCGUUGGAGUCGCUCUCCGCCAUCGUCAACGCGAUGUAUCUCCCCGCGCUGCGCGGACAAAAAGACUGGGGGAAGCUCAACGGCACCGCGGACAUGGCCGCGAAUACGGACGAGUUCUUGGGCGACGUUCGACGGUUCGGCGCGGCGAUCGCGGAGGCGGCGGCGUCGUUGCGAGCCGUCGCGGAGCUCGCCAAGCCGGCGAGCGAAUACGUCGCGUCCGUCGAGCUGAAACCGAGCGCGUUUAAGACCGCCGCGGAGGACGCGAAGACGCUGUUUCACAUGAACAGAGUCCUGGAUAAGUGGGUUUUCGAGACGAACGCGCUGGUGGAGGAGCGGCAGCCGUCGCGCGAAUCGCGACUGGUGCUCGGCGUGGCCACCGCGGCGCGGUCGCAGUCGCACCGCAACUGGAAAGCCACGGACGUCAAGCUCACGGACGCGAUCAACGAGGCCAAGGACAACGUCAAGUACCUCGUCACGCUGGAGAAAGCCCUCGAGCCGAUGUACAUCGGCGCCCCCGCGCAGGUUAUGGAAUCGCUCCCCGCGCUCGUCAACGGCGUCAAGAUGAUGUACGCCAUCGCUCGGUAUUACAACACCUCCGAGCGGAUGACGCGGUUGUUCGCGAAGAUCACGAAUCAGAUGGUGACGUGUUGUAAGAGCUACGUGCACGAGCUCGGGCCGAACUUGUGGGGGAUGGAUAAGAGCGAGCUCAUGAGGCGUCUGCGCGAGUGCGUGGCGCUUUACGAGGCGUACAGAAAGACGUACGAAAACGCGAGGGAGAAGAUGGCGCAGGCGAAGGGGAAGCAGUUUGACUUUGACGUCGAGAAGAUUUUCGGGAAAUUCGACGUCUUCGCGCGCAGGUGCAAGAAGCUGAUCGACAUGUUUGGGAGCAUCAUUCAGUUUGAAACGCUCGCGAAGAAUACGUUCAUCGACGGCAUGGACGUCCUCGGGAAGCGAUUCUUCAAAGUCGUGGACGAGUUCAAACGCAAGCCGUAUCCGCUGCUCGAUUUCCAAAACAACCAGUACGAGCGAGAUUACCUCGAGUUCAACGUGAACAUCGCGGACAUCGAGUUUUCGCUGCAGGAGCUGAUCGACAAGAGCUUCGAGACGAUAACGUCCACGGAGGCGGCGUUACGAUUACUCGCGCAGUUUGAAUCGAUCAUCCACAGAGACGCGUUGAAGCAAGACCUCGCGAACAAGGCGUUUUUGAUCUUCAAAAACUACGGCGCGGACUUGGAGGCGGUGCAGCAGACGUACGAGAAGAACAAGCACGCGCCGCCGGUCAGUCGAAACGCGCCGCCGGUCAGCGGCGACAUCAUGUGGUCGCGUCAGUUGCUUCGCCGGAUCGAAGAGCCGAUGCGUCACUUUUCGAAAAACCCAGCCAUCAUGCGUUCGCACAACAGCAAGAAGAUCAUCAAGACGUACAACAAGACCGCGCAGGCGCUGGUGACGUACGAAACGCUAUGGAUCGACGCGUGGACGCGCGGAAUCGAAGACGCGAAGGUUGGCUUGCGCGCCACGCUCGUGGUGAAACACCCGAGGACGGGCAAAUUCGUCGUGAAUUUCGACAAGGACAUCAUGAUUCUGAUUCGCGAGGCGAAACACCUCGUGCGCAUGGAUGUGGAGAUCCCGGAGAGCGCGAAGAUGGUCUUACUCCAGGAGGACAAGUUCAAGUCGUACUACAACGACCUCUCGCACGCCAUCGACGAGCACGCGCGGAUCAUAUCCACCAUCCCGCCGGUGUCCUUGCCGCUGCUGACGCCGCAUCUGCAAGACUUGGAGGCGGCGAUCGAACCCGGGAUGACGGACCUCACGUGGAUGUCUACCAACAUCGACGUGUACCUCAAGCGCGUGCACCAGUGCAUUAAGGCGACGGAGCUGCUGGUGAACAAGACGAACGACUUCAUCGCGAGCCGGAUCGACAUGAACCUGAAGACGAUCGCGAAGACGAUGAUGGUGGUGAUGCCCACGGACGAGUCGGCGACGCUCGAAGAGUUUGUCGCGGGGCAGAAUAAAAUCGUGAAGCGCGCGGGAGAGGACAUGACGGUGCGCUCGGACGAGAUCAGGCGCGCGUGCGACGAGCUCGUGGACCUGAUCGAGCUCUCGCCGCGCGAUAACGUCGGCAUCGUCGAAGUCGACGCGGACGCGAUCGAAGAGUUCAAAGGGCAUUUCGCGCGUUUGACGUACAGCGCGGUGCUCCGAGCGACGCGGCAGUCGUUCGCGGCGAUUAAGAACCGCAUCGGCACGCGCAUGGGCGGCGGAUUCUUAUUCCUCGAGCGCCCGUUCUUCGAGGUCGAGGUCGAGCUGCAGGUCCCCAGCGUGGUGUUGAACCCGAACCUGGACGAGAUCCAGAUCGCGGUGAACGGCGUCGCGAAGAAGGUUCUGAAGGCGUCGCUCGCGAUCAAGCGUUGGGGUCAAACCGAUCUCAACGGCGACGAGGAAAACAUCGCGUCCGACAUGGAGGUCGUGAAGCUCGUCCUGUUGCUCACCGGCGCGAUCGACGGCACGAAGGCGAACGUGAACGCGUUCAUCGACGGGUACAAAGAGUGGGACUUUUUGUACCUCUCGUCGCUUCAGGAGGCGUACGAGGCGUUUACCAACUCCAAGCCGUCGCUCGAGCGGUUCGAACAGGAGAUUAAAAAGUACAUGGACAUCGAGACGCACUUCGUGAAGAUGUCCCCGGCGCACAACAUCGGCGCGCUGUCGCUCGACAUCCAGCCGUUAAAGCUCGCGCUCAAGGCGGAAGCCGCGGCGUGGAAGACGCAGUUCGCGAAGAACCUCCACGAGUACGGCGCGGGGAAGCUGCAAGACGUUUACCAGUACAUGAAGGACACGACGAUGCGUCUGAACCGCAAGGUGGAGGACUUGGACGACGUCCGCGUCAUCAUGGACAUGCAGCAAGACAUCCGCGUGAAGGAGUCCGAGCUCGACACCUUGCUGGGGCCGAUCGAGGAGGUGUACGCGCUUCUGCACCGCUACGAGGUGAAGGUGCCGGACGAGGAGACGGAUCUCGUCGCUGAGCUGCGGUACAGCUGGACGCGGAUGACGCUGCUCGCGUCGUCCGUGGGCGAAAACCUCACGCGGCUGCAGAUGGGGUUCAAGCGCGAGCUCCUGAAGGACGUGAAAGUCUUCGUCGUCGACGCCGCGGAGUUUCGCGAGGACUGGGACGCGAACGGGCCGAUGGUGCCGGGGUGUAAGCCCGCGGAGGCUGUCGAGCGGCUGCGGAAAUUUUCGCAGCUCUUCGCGUCGAGGAAACGCAAGUGGGUCAAGUACUGCGCCGGCGAGACGCUCUUCGGGCUGCCGGUCACGCAGUACCCCGAGCUCGAGAAGACGGAGAAGGAGCUCGAGUUUUUGAACCGCCUGUACGACCUGUACACCGCGGUGAUCAGCACCGUGGACGGGUACGCCGACAUCCUGUGGGCGGACGUCACGACCAAUCUCGACGCGAUGACCGAGCAGGUGACGCAGUUCCAGGCGCAGUGCCGGAAGCUCCCGAAGGCGCUGAGAGAGUGGGACGCGUACGUGGACCUGCGGAAGAAGAUCGACGAGUUCCUCGAGAUGCUGCCGUUCAUUCAGGCGCUCACGGAUCAGUCCAUGCGCGACCGGCACUGGAAGGCGUUGCAGGAGAUCGUCGGCAUCAAGCUCAACCUGAGAGAGGACGAGUUCAAGCUCGCGGAUCUGCUCGACGCGAACAUCCUGCCGCACGCGGACGACAUCGAGGACCUCACCUCCGGUGCGGUGAAGGAGGCGCAGGUGGAGACGAAGCUCGCGCAGAUCGCGGAGGAGUGGGAGGACUUGAACUUCAACUUCACGGAGUUUAAGAACAAAGGUAACGUCCUGCUGGAGCCGGCGACGACGGGGGAGCUCAUCGAACGCCUCGAGGACUCGCAGAUGUCCUUGGGGUCGAUGGCGACGAACCGGUACUCCGCGCCGUUUAAGACGGGCGUCCAGGACUGGAUCGUCAAGCUCGCGACCGUGGGGGAUAUCAUCGAGAUGUGGCUCGUCGUGCAAAACAUGUGGGUGUACAUGGAGGCGGUGUUCAGCGGCGGGGACAUCGUGAAGCAGCUCCCGCAAGAGGCGAAGCGGUUCCAGAACAUCGACAAGCAGUUCAUCAAGGCGGUUCGAGACGCGGUGGAGACUCGGAACGUCGUCGCGGUGUGCACGGAAACGGACACGCUGUCGACGUUAUUGCCGAUUCUCACGGAGCAGCUCGAGCUGUGCCAAAAGUCGCUCACCGCGUUUCUGGACACGAAGCGCGCGCAGUUUCCGCGCUUUUACUUCGUCUCGGACCCGACUUUACUCGAGAUUUUAUCCCUCGGUUCGAACCCGCCCGCGGUGACGCCGCACUUUCAGUCCGGACUGUUCGACUCCGUCACGAACGUCUCGUUCGACCGGCACGACCCGUCGAAGAUGGUGGACAUGUCCUCGCAGCAGGGCGAAGUCGUGCGGUUCCAGAGGAUGACGGGCGGCGGCGUCAUGGCGGACGACCCCGUCUUCGCGGUGGGCAACAUCGAAGUGUGGCUUCAGAAUCUCGUCGACGGGAUGCAAAACACGGUCAAGAGCGUCAUCAAACAAGCGCACGAGGACGUGAACGAGCAGGAUCUGGAGACGUUCAUCUUCCAGCACCCGGCGCAGAUCUCGCUUCUGGGGAUUCAGUUCCUCUGGACGUCGGACACGCAGGGCGCGUUGACGGUUGCCAAGAAGGAGAAGUCCGCGAUGCAAAAGGCGUUCAAAAAGACGGAUGCCAUCUUGAAGGAGAUGAUCGUCAUCACGACGCGGCCGACGCUCGGGAAGAACGACCGGAAGAACCUCGAGACGUGCAUCACCGUGCACGUGCACCAGAGAGACACCUCGGAGGAUCUCAUCAAGAAGCGCGUCAGAGACCCGGCGGAUUUCGAGUGGAUGAAACAGUGCCGGUUCUACUGGUCCAAAGAGCAGAACACGGUGAUCAUCUCGAUCUGCGACGUGGAUUUCGAGUACUCGUACGAGUACCUCGGCGUGAAGGAACGCCUCGUGAUCACGCCGUUGACGGACAUCUGCUACGUCACGCUGUCGCAGGCGCUCGGGAUGUUCCUCGGCGGCGCCCCCGCGGGUCCCGCGGGGACGGGAAAGACGGAGACGACGAAGGAUCUCGGAAACACGCUCGGGAAGUACGUCGUCGUCUUCAACUGCUCCGAUCAGAUGGACUACAAGGGCAUGGGGAAGAUCUACCGCGGGUUGGCGCAAUCGGGUCUCUGGGGCUGCUUCGACGAGUUCAACCGCAUCAACCUAGACGUCUUAUCCGUGUGCGCGCAGCAGGUGUUUUGCGUCCUUCAGGCGAUUCGCGAGCGGAAGAAGGAGUUCGUCUUCACCGACGGCACCACCGUGUCCCUGGACCCUCGCGUGGGGUACUUCAUCACGAUGAACCCGGGCUACGCCGGUCGCCAGGAACUCCCGGAGAACCUCAAGAUGCUGUUCCGCGGCGUCACGAUGAUGGUGCCGGACCGGCAGAUCAUCAAAAAAGUCAAGCUCGCGGCCUGCGGCUUCCAGCAGAACGAGUUUCUCGCCAAGAAGUUUUUCGUCCUGUACGGCCUCUGCGAGCAGCAGCUCUCGAAGCAGGCGCACUACGAUUUCGGGUUGCGCAACAUCCUGUCCGUGCUGCGCACGAUGGGCAGCGCGAAGCGCGAUAACCCGGACAAGUCCGAGAUUUACCUCGCGAUGCGCGCGCUGCGCGACAUGAACAUGUCCAAGUUUGUCGCCGAGGACGUGACGCUCUUCUUGUCGCUCAUCGACGACAUCUUUCCCGGGAUCAAAGCCGACAAGGCCAAGUUUGAAGACGUCGAGGCCGCGAUGGCGAAAGUCGCCACCUCGAAAGGGUUGCAGCUCCACCCGACGUGGCUCGCGAAGUGUGUGCAGCUGUACGAAACGUACCUCGUGCGGCACGGGAUCAUGGUCGUCGGCCCGACGGGCGCGGGGAAGACGGCGAUUUGCGAGACGCUCGCGGGGGCGCUCACGGAGCUCGGAACGAAGCACAACAUUCUGAAGAUGAACCCGAAGGCGAUCACCGCGCCGCAGAUGUUUGGGAGGAUGGACGCGUCGACGGGCGAUUGGACGGACGGGAUCUUCGCGGUGCUGUGGCGACGGGCCGCGAAGGAGAAGAAGAACAACACGUGGAUCGUGCUCGACGGCCCCGUCGACGCGAUUUGGAUCGAAAACUUGAACACGGUGCUGGACGACAACAAAGUCCUGACGCUCGCGAACGGCGACCGCGUGCAGAUGUCCGGCGCGAUGAAGGCGAUGUUCGAGCCGGAGAACCUGAAUAACGCAUCGCCCGCGACCGUUUCACGCGCCGGUAUCAUCUUCGUGUCCGAGACGGAGCUCACGUGGAAGCCCGUCGUCGCGUCGUGGCUCGCGACGCGUAAGAAACCGGAGGCGGAGCUGUUGCGACCGCUGUUCGACAAGUACGUCGACGCGAUCAUUCACACGAUUCGCAUGGAGUGCAAGCCCGUGAUGGGCGGCGUUCCGUGGGAACACGUCUCGCGGGACUUUUGCUCCGUGACGACGUUGCUCACGAUGCUGAAGGCUGUCCUUUUGCCGUACGAAGAGCAGUCGGAGCCGCUCUCCGAGGGGCACUACGAGCGUCUGUUUUUGUACAGCCUCACGUGGUCGCUCGGGGGGAUGUUGAACUUCAACGACCGACCGAAACUGAACCGAGCGCUCGUCGCGCUCAGUGAAGGGAACCACCCCGCGUUCGACGAGGACUCCAAGGACACGUUCUUCGAGUACUUCGUCUCCGACGACGACACGGAGUGGAAGCACUGGAACGAGAGAGUGCCAAAUUGGGAGUACCCGCGAGACGAGGAGACGCCCAAGUUUGCGCGCUUAAUCAUCCCCACGCUGGACUCGGUCCGCCUCGAAGCCCUCCUCGGGUUGGUCACGAGCGUGGACAAGCAAGCGCUGUUCGUGGGCGGGCCGGGCACCGCGAAGACGACCGCGAUCAAGUCGUUCAUGUCCGGUUUCGACCUGGACGAGACGACGCAAAAGAGCAUCACGUUUUCGUCGCUCACGACGCCGCAGACGUUUCAAAUUUCCAUCGAAUCCGCCGUGGAGAAGCGACAAGGGAAGUACUUCGGGCCGUCGGGGGGCAAGAAGAUGCUCGUCUUCAUCGACGACAUCUCCAUGCCCGCGAUGAACGACUGGGGCGACCAAGUCACGAACGAGAUUGUCCGGCAGCUCUUGGAGCAAGGAGGCGUCUACUCGUUGGAGAAACCCAUCGGGGACAUGAAGUUUAUCAUCGACUGCAAGUACCUCGCGGCGAUGAACACCCCGGGCGGCGGCAAGAACGACAUCCCGAACCGCCUGAAGCGACACUUCGCCAUCUUCAACGUGCCGUUACCGUCCGUCGCGGCGAUCAACAACAUCUUCGGGCAGCUCGUCGCCGGGCGAUUCUCGUCGGAUGUCUUCUCCGCGGAGGUUGUCGAAACCGCGGGGAAGCUCGUCCCGAUCACGAUCGACCUGUGGAACAAAGUCCAGGCGAAGAUGCUGCCGACGCCUGCGAAGUUUCACUACCUGUUCAACAUGCGCGAGCUCUCGAAGGUGUUCCAAGGCGUCAUCUUGGCCGAGCGCGACAGGUUCAAGCUCGGGUUCGACGCGUCCGCCGGUUUCGGCGCCGGGGUCAAAUCCCCGGAAGGGUACCUCGUCGCGCUGUGGCGGCACGAGUGCGAGCGCGUGUUUUGCGACAAGCUCACGACGCACGAGGACAAGGACUGGGGCGGCGAGCUCAUCAUGAAGCUCGUCAGAGACACGUACGGCAAGGACAUGGCCAAGGAGGUAGAGGAGCGGCUGUACUUUGUCGACUUUUUACGAGACCCGGUGAUGGACGCCGAGACGGGAGAGAUCAUCGACGCGAACCCGUCCUUCUACGAGUCCACGCCGAACCUCGCGCACCUCACGGACGUCGCGAUGAAAAAACAGGCGAUGUUCAACGAGACGAGCAAGUCCAUGAAGCUCGAGCUCGUCUUGUUCGAAGACGCGUUGAAGCACAUGAUGCGCAUCUCUCGGCUGCUGUGCAUGGAUCGCGGGAGCGCGCUUCUCAUCGGCGUCGGAGGGAGCGGGAAGCAGUCGCUCACGCGGCUCGCGGCGUACAUCGCCGGCGCGUUUCCGUUCCAAAUCCAAAUCACGAAGACGUACAACCAGACGAACUUGUUCGAGGACAUCAAGGCGUUGUACGUGAACGCCGGGCUCAAGGGGAACAAGGUUGCGUUUAUCUUCACGGACGCCGAGGUGAAGGACGAGUCGUUUUUGGAGUACAUCAACCAGCUCCUGAUGACUGGCGAGGUCGCGGGUUUGUUCCCGAAGGAGGAAGUGGACGCGCUCGUGAACGACUUGAGACCGGUGAUGAAGAAAGCCGCGCCCGAGCUCGAGGACACGCAGGAUAACUUGUGGAACUUCUUCAUGGGACGCGUCCGGGAUAACCUGCACUUGUGCCUGUGCUUCUCGCCCGUCGGGGAUAAGUUUUCCACGCGCGCGAGAAACUUCCCGGGUCUCAUCAACGGCUGCACGAUCGACUGGUUCCUCCCUUGGCCGCAAGACGCGCUCGUGGCGGUGUCCACGAAGUUCAUCGGCGACUUCGAGAUGGCGUGCGACGACAAGGCGAAGGACGAGCUCCAGACGCACAUGGGGUUCGUCCACGUCGCGGUGACGCGCGCGUGCAAGGAGUACUUUGAAAAGUUCCGCAGAAACGUCUACGUGACGCCGAAGUCGUACCUGUCGUUCAUCUCCGGGUACAGGAAGCUGUACGCGGACAAGCUCGCGGAGGUGAAGACGCUCGCGGACAAGAUCAACAGCGGUCUAACGAAGCUCUUCGACGCGAAAGCGGACGUGAAGACGAUGCAGAUUGACCUCACGCAGAAAAACAAAGACCUCGCCGUCGCGCAAGCGGACGCCGCGGAGCUCCUCAAAGAGAUCUCCGCCUCCACCGCCAUCGCGGAGAAGGAAAAGGCGAAAGUCGCCGUCAUCGUCGAGGGCGUCACGAAGAAGGCGAACGAGAUCGCCGCGGUGAAGGAGGACGCGGAGAAGGACCUCGCCGCGGCCAAGCCCGCGCUCGACGCGGCGAUCGAAGCCUUAUCCUCGAUCACGUCCAAAGACAUCGGCGCGGUGAAGGCGCUGAAGAACCCGCCGGACGUCGUGAAGCGCAUUCUCGACGCGGUGUUGAUCCUCCGCCAGUACCCGAUGACGAUGGUGAAGUGGCAUGACGUCAAGGGCGCGAUGGUGAUCAACGCGAGCGAUAACUACUCGAAAGUCUCCGUGCGAAUGAUGGGCGACAUGGCGUUCCUCGCCAAGCUGAUGAACUUUCCGAAGGAGCAAAUCAACGACGAGACGUGCGAGCUGCUGCAGCCGUACUUUGCCGCGCCGGAUUUCAACUACGAGAUGGCGAAGAAGGCGUCCGGCUCCGUCGCCGGUCUGUGCAACUGGGCGAUGAGCAUGGUGACGUAUCACGAAGUCGCGAAAGUCGUGGACCCGAAGAUUCUCAUGUUACGCGCCGCGGAGGCGGACAUGAAGAUGGCGAUGAAGGAGAAGAACGCCGCGGACGACGAGCUCGCGAAAGUGCAGGCGGCGUUGGACGAGAUGCAGGCCAAGUUUGACGCCGCGAUGGCGGAGAAGAAGCGCCUGGAGGACGACGCGGCGGCGACGCAGCGAAAGAUGGACAGCGCCACGGCGCUCAUCUCCGCGCUCGCGGGCGAGGAGGUGCGAUGGACGGAGCAGUCCAAGCAGUUCGACCUGCAGAUUCAGCGCCUCACCGGCGACUGCGCGCUCGCGUCGUCGUUCGUGUCCUACCUCGGCCCGUUCAACAAGGAGUUUCGCGAUUUGCUGUUGCAGCGCGACUUUUACGGCGACUUGACGUCGCGCGGCGUCCCGGUCACCGAGAACCUCGACGUGACGAGGUUCCUCGUCGACGACAACGAAAUCGGCGAGUGGAACCUCCAGGGGUUGCCCACGGACGAGCUGUCCAUACAGAACGGGAUCAUGGUGACGCGCGCGACGCGGUACCCGGUCAUGGUGGACCCGCAAGGGCAAGGUUUAUCGUGGAUCAAGUCGCGCGAGACGGCGAACCAGCUCAAGGUGACGAACCUGAACGAGAAACACUUCAGGAACCACCUCGAGGACUGCAUGUCGUUCGGGCGCCCGCUAUUGAUCGAGAACAUCGAAGAAGAGCUCGACCCUAUUCUCGACCCGAUCCUCGAGAAGUUGAUCGCGGUCAAGGGGAAGAACAUGACGAUCACGCUGUCGGACGGCAAGGAGGUUGACUUUUCCGAAUCCUUCGCGUUGUUUUGCACGACGCGUCUGCCGAACCCGCACUACUCCCCGGAGCUGUGCGCGAAGACGACCGUGAUCGACUUCACGGUGACGAUGACCGGCCUCGAGGACCAGCUCCUGGGGAAGCUCAUCCUGAAGGAGAAGCAGGAGCUUCAGACGCAGCGGCAGGCGCUCGUGGAGGAGGUGACGUCGUACAAGAAGAAGAUCAAACAGCUCGAGGACGACUUGCUCUUCCGCCUGUCCAACUCCACGGGGAACUUGUUGGACGACGUCGAGCUCAUCGACGUCCUCAACAACACGAAGCGCACCGCGCAGGAGGUGAACGAGAAGCUCGCGGUGGCGUCGGAGACGAACGCGAAAAUCACCGAGGCGUGCGAGGAGUACCGACCGGUGGCGCACCGCGCGACGUUGAUUUACUUCCUCGUCGCGGAGUUCACGGGCGUCAACGUGAUGUACCAGACGUCGUUGAACCAGUUCAACGCGCUGUACGCGCUCGCGAUCGACAACGCGGAGCCGGCGAAGAUGCCCGCGAAGCGCAUCGCGAAUAUCAUCUCGCACAUGACGUACAGCAUCUAUUUGUACAUCCAACGCGGGCUGUUCGAGCGGCAUAAGCUGACGUUCGCGCUGAUGAUGACGAAUAAGAUUCUCGUGAGCGCGGGCGAGCUCUCCCCCGCGCUCGUGUCCGUGUUCCUGAAGGGCGGCGGCUCGCUCGACAUCAAGUCGGUGAAGAAGAAGCCGAAGGACUGGAUCCCGGACAAGUGCUGGCUCGACCUCGUCGCGCUGUCGCAGUAUAAAGAGACGUUCGGGGACCUCCUCGAGUCGAUCGUCCUCAACGACCGGCAGUGGGAGAAGUGGUACGACAAGGAGGCGCCGGAGAAUGCGAAGAUUCCGGAUUUCGAAGACCGCGUCACGCUCUUCGAGCGGAUGUGCCUCGUGAAGUCGCUGCGUCAGGACCGCACGAUGGUCGCCGCGCAAAAAUACAUCGCGGACGCCAUCGGCGAGCGAUUCGUGGAGUCCGUCCCGCUCUCCAUGGACGCGACGUGGGAGGAGAGCACGCCGUUCGCGCCGUGCGUCUUCCUUCUCUCCCCCGGCGCGGACCCGACGAAGCUCAUCGAGGACCUCGCGAAGCGUAAGAAGAUCAAACUCAACGGCGUCUCGAUGGGUCAAGGCCAGGAGAUCAUCGCGCGGAAGUACAUGACGACGGCGACGCUGGAGGGGCAGUGGGUCAUGCUCGCGAACACGCAUCUCGGUCUCGCGUACAUGGCGGAGAUCGAGACGUAUUUACUGAAAGCCGAGAGCAUACACGACGGGUUCCGGCUCUGGAUCACCGCGGAGCCGCACCCGGCGUUUCCGAUCGGAUUGUUGCAGAUGUCGAUCAAGAUCACGAACGAAGCCCCGGUGGGGAUGCGCGCGGGCUUGCGAAACUCGUACGCGUGGGUCAACCAGGACAUGCUCGACGCCGUCGGGCGGUACGAGUGGCGGCAGAUGCUCUUCGUGAUGUGCUACCUGCACUCGAUCGUGCAAGAGCGGAGGAAGUUUGGCCCGAUCGGGUGGAACGUCCCGUACGAGUUCAACCAGUCGGAUCUGAGCGCGUGCGUGCAGUUUCUGCAGAACCACCUCACGGAGAUGGACGCCAAGAAGCUCAACUCGCCGACGUGGCCGACGGUGACGUACAUGGUGUCGUCGAUUCAGUACGGCGGGAGAAUCACGGACCCGUUCGACGAGCUCUUGAUGAACACGUACGCGGAGAAGUACUUCAACGCGGGGUGUUUAGAGCGCGACCUCGUGCUGUUCCCCGGCUACCCCGUCCCGGAUAAGACGAACAUCGACGAUUACAAAGCCGCGAUCGAGAAGCUUCCCGCGCAGGACUCGCCGGAGAUUUUCGGGCUGCAUCCCAACGCGGAUCUCACGUUUCGAACGCUCGCCGUCGCCGAUCUGGUCGGCACGGUCACGAGCACGAUGCCGAAGAGCGGCGGCGGCGGCGAGGGGCUCUCCCCCGCGGAGAUCGUCGACGGGAUCGCGGCCGACCUCCUCGCGAAGGUUCCCGAGGCGUUCGAGCCGGAGCCGACCAAGGAGCUGCUGCGGAAGCUCCCGGGUGGGGCGACGAUUCCGCUGACGGUGCACCUGCGGCAGGAGAUAGGCGCGUUCUAUACACUGGUUCCCAUACGACCGCACCGCCUGAACGUCGUCAUCGGCCUCACGCGGAAGACGCUCGCGAACUUGCGGCUCGCGAUCGCGGGCACGGUGGCGCUCGCGGGCGAUCUCGUCGACGCCAUGGACGCGCUGUUCGACGCCAACGUCCCGCGGAAGUGGCUCGCGAAGAGCUGGGAGAGCGCGACGAUCGGCACGUGGUUCCAAGGGUUGCUCCAACGCUACGACCAGCUGCGCAAGUGGCUAAACGACGGGCGACCGAAGGGGUAUUGGAUGACCGGGUUCUUCAACCCCGGCGGGUUCCUCACCGCGAUGAAGCAGGAGGUGUCGAGGCAGCACGCGAAGGAUAAGUGGGCGCUGGACGACGUCGUCAUGGAGAGCAGGGUGACGGCGCCGCCGAAGGAGAUCAAGGAGAUCAAAGAGGAGCCGAAGGAGGGCGUGUACAUCUACGGGUUGUACUUGGAGGGGUGCUCGUGGGACGGGAAGAUGAACCGGCUCGUCGAUUCGGAUCCCAAGAAGCUGUUCGUCGCGCUUCCGGUGCUGUACGUCACGGGCGUCUUGGCGAAGGAUAAAGAGACGCAGAACGUGUUUUCGUGUCCGACGUACAAGAUCAAGAAGAGGACGGGGCUCAACUUUAUCGCGCAGUUUGACUUGAGAACGGAGGAUCCGGUCACGAAAUGGAUCUUGCGCGGGGUGUGCCUGCUGUGCAGCGUAGAUUAACGACUGAGGUAAUUAAGGAGGGUGGCGGCGGGCGACGGCGUCGACCGCCGAAAGACUAGCGAGCGAGCGACCGCGGGCGGGAGAAGGCGAAGGAUGGAAACGAGGCCGAUACCCUCGCUUCCGUCAUGUCAUCAGAUCGCGCGCGUCGGCUCUUGUAAAUAAAAUCCAAAGCUAAUUUGGUGAA